UCUCUAUUGUGUAAACGAGCUGAUGGACGAAGAUGAGAAGGACAGGGCAAAGAGGGCAUCACGCAACAAGUCAGAGAAGAAAAGAAGAGACCAGUUCAAUGUCCUCAUUAAGGAGCUGUGCACCAUGCUCCAGGGCCACGGCCAUCCGCUCAAGAUGGAUAAAUCCACCAUACUGCAGAGGACCAUCGACUUCUUACAGAAACAGAAAGAAAUCACAGCACAGACAGAGGCCUGUGAGAUUAGGCAAGACUGGAAGCCUUCAUUCCUUAGCAAUGAGGAGUUCACCCAGUUGAUGUUAGAGGCUUUGGAUGGGUUUCUCAUUGCACUUACCACAGAUGGGAUUAUUAUUUAUGUAUCUGAUAGUGUUUCUUCUCUUCUUGGGCAUUUACCGUCAGAUUUGGUGGACCAAAAUAUAUUAAACUUUCUGCCUGAGAGUGAACAGAGUGAUGUGUACAAGCUGCUUUCUCCACACAUGCUCAUGGCGAACCCUGUGGCAACAGAUUUUUUGAACUCUGAAAAACAAAUAGAAUUUUGCUGUCAUUUAGCCCGAGGAAACUUAGAUCCAAAUGAACCCAUUACAUAUGAAUAUGUGAAAUUUGUAGUGGAUUUCAAAUAUUUUACUCAUGUGCCUACGUCCUCUUAUAAUGGCUUUGAAUCGGCCAUUGCACGAGUGUUCCGAUCAGCCAAUGAAGAGCAGAUCUGCCUGGUAGCAACAGUCCGUCUUGUUACUCCACAGUUCUUGAAGGAACUUUGUAACGUUGAAGAACCCUGUGAAGAAUUCACAUCAAGGCACAGCCUGGAAUGGAAAUUUCUGUUUUUAGAUCACAGAGCCCCACCUAUUAUAGGAUAUUUGCCCUUUGAAGUCCUUGGUACGUCAGGUUACGACUAUUACCACGCUGAUGAUUUGGAGCUUCUGGCUAGGUGCCACGAACACUUGAUGCAGUUUGGAAAAGGGAAAUCCUGCUAUUACAGAUUCUUGACUAAAGGUCAGCAGUGGAUCUGGUUGCAAACACACUAUUACAUCACCUACCAUCAGUGGAACUCCAAGCCUGAGUUUAUUGUCUGCACUCACACCGUUGUUAGUUACGCUGAGGUUCGAGCUGAAAGAAGAAGAGACCUUGGUCUUGAAGAGUCGUCUGUUGAACUGGCCUCUUCAUCCUUGAAGAGCCACGGUAGUUACAUUGACAUCCGGCAAUGCGUAACCAAUCAAGAAACCAGUCGUGAAAGGGUGUCCGUGUCAUCUCACAGUUCCCGCCGGUCGUCACACACAGCACUGUCUGACUCUGCAUCCACGUCGUCUAUACGGCACACGGAUGCCAGCACGCCUACCCGGCCGUCGUUACCCAUGGGGCAAUCCGAGAAGGCCCCUCUGAGGCUUGCCUCAACCAGCAGCACCCCGGGUUUAUUAACUCCCCAAACACCCACUGAACAUCUCACCCAGCAUCACAUGGUGCAGCCCACUGCUCCCGCUCAGCAAAAAGCGAUGCCAGUGUAUCACUUCCCAGCCCAGAUGGGGAUGAUGCAUCAGCUGAAGGAACAGCUGGAGGAGAGAACGCGCAUCCUGCAGGCCGACAUCAAGACGCAGCAGGAGGAAUUGCAUGUGAUUAAGGAGCAGCUCCAGCUUGUGCAAGACUCCAAUUUGCAGAUGUUCAUGCAACAGCCUGCGCCCAUGGUCUUCAACAGCGUACAGCAUCAAACCCCUCUGAGGCCUUCCCAGCAACCAGCAGCAGUGGCAGGGAGCAGACCCACCACUUCAAAGAAGUCCCAGCAACAGAGCCUCAUGGGGUCAAAGCCGUUCUGUGGCUCACACUUGGCCUCAUCUCAACAAUUCCUCAGGGAGCCCUGUGUUACCUCAUCCCAGGUGCAGCCACAGCCGCCGCCGACGCAGCAGCAGCAGCAGCAACAACAGCAGCAACAUGUAAUGAGAGGAAACCUGGCGCAGCAGGCCUGCCUCCCCCUGCAGAUGAGCAUCUCCAUGCCCUUGUACAACAAUCCAAUGGUGUUCCCCCAAACCCACCCAAUCACUGUGUCUACUCCGAUGGCGGCUGAAAUGGGCGACAGGCAGCAGCUGUCAGAUUAUAGCCAAGAUCGGACUUUAAGUAGGUUUGCUCAAGACCAGCAGGGUCUGCCUCCUGCAAUACAGAUGCAACCGAUCACAUGCACCGCGAUCCGUGCCCCAACCCCGUCACCCGUAUUCAGCCCUUCAGUGAUGAUCCCACACACCAACCUAGCUGCACCACAAACCCACCCUCCCAGCACCCUGCAGCAGUGGCAGCCACAGCAGGUUCAACAGCAUCAUCUCUAUCUUCAGAUGCACAGUGCACCUGAUCAAGGCCAGAACCAACGUCUCUUCCAGCAGGCUCACCUCCCGCAGCAGAACGCCGCCCUGGGCUAUUUCCAUCACCCGCAACAGCUGCAGAACCACCACUUGCCCAGCCAGCCUUGUGGUUUACAGGACAUGCAUGAGAUGCAACUGCCUUGAGGCCCAAAGGCUGGAGAGAUGGUGAUGGGGAAAAAAACACACAACAACCUUGGACACACAACGGCUGUGCUUGAGCAGAAGCGAGAGAGAGCACUGUGGGCAGAGCUAGAGUCGAGCCUGUCCCUCCUGUGAUGCCCAAGAGCGGUGAAUCUGGCCCUCGAGGGAAAUGGGGCAAAGCCACAGAAGACCCUGUUUGGGGCACAGGCCAGCGGCCUUUGAGGGCUCUUGCGCUCAGAAGAGAAACCCGCCCAGGAACAGUGCCUGAGCAAUACGGGAUCAACAGCCAGACCUGGCCUCCGGGACAACAGGAUCAGCGCGCAGCAAAAAAAGGUCGCGUCUACAUCCUGUCUCUAGUGGUGGAGGAUCAGAAGGAUGGAAGGUUGCUUAGGGUAGCCCUCCCCUGCCAGAAGGGGCUCAAGGGAAGCCGAGGUUCCACCGCUCCCUGACAACUGGAAGAAAAAAAACAACCUUCAAUUUGCCCAAGAGGUGGAAGGAUGGUUUGCAGGAAAGCAGUCCCACCCACAGUCGCUUUUGCGUGCUGUAAAGCCAUAUAUUUAAUAUGGUCGAUGGAUUCCAAGCUCACAGGGGUUUCCCUUUUUUAAAAAUACUUAAGUUUACAUGCUGAUGAGUUUUGGAACAGAAACUGCAUAAGAACACAAGGAGGGGUCGCCGUGUCUUUUCCUGACUGGCCAUUUUUAAAAAUCUUUUGUUGAAAAUUCACUGUGAAACACUCUGAACACAGACUAAAGAAGAACCAUCAGCAGGUUACCACCUUCAUUUUUCUAUUCUCUGUUUGUUAUGUAUAUAGAUUUUAUUUUGCUACGAUGGUUCACGUGCGGAUUAUGUAACACAUCCCCCGCCCCAUCUCUCCCAUGAUUCCUGUAGGAGGGUCCAUUCCUUCUCUCCCCUUUUCCCUGAGAUAAUUGGAUAAUGCUGCUACUGUUUAUGACACCAAUCUUGCCUAAAUCUCUCUCUUUUUUUUUUGCACCAGCUCCUUUUACAUUUAGAAUAAUGGUGUGUACAAAGGAUUCUCCUAUUUUUGUUAUAAAGCACAGAUUUAAACUAUUUCUACUCCCAUUUAGCCACAUACAGAUAUAUAGAUAUAUAACUGAGGUGCAGAAGCCUCUCCCUUUUGUGUCUAAUGAAACUUUCUAUGAGGAGGUCUCUUGACACUCAAAGGCAAAGCAAACUUUCUGGUUUUGCUGUUUAGCAAAGUGGGGGUUUCUACUUAAUGAGUACACCUGCAAUGUUGCAAGGCAGUAGCGUUAGCAAUAAAUUGUAUUUUUGUAAAUUGUCAC